CAUAGAAUCACCAAGAAUUGGACAUGGCUGAAUGGACAUCAUCAUCAACCCACUUCUGCACAUAUUCUCAGCUAUAAAUCUCAUUGAAUUCAAUAGAGUUGAUUCCCAGGCUUCAGAAAAACUUUGAAGAUUGACCUGUUCAGUCUUGCACAGAAGGAAAGUAAUCCUGAUUUGAAGCAUUCUGAAGAUAUGGCAUCUCACUAUAAGAAUCUGCUCACAGAAUGAAUACAAUCUACUUUGGUUUUUCUAGACUUUAUCUACUUUGAAAACAAUCUAAUAAUACCUGAGUAAAGGAUUUAGCUCCAGUUAUAUCAUCCAGCAUGAUGAUUUUUAUUCUAUCAAAGACGCUAAACUAGCAGUUCAAACUGAACUGUUGGAGUGAACAAUGAUGUGUAAGAAGAAGUUGUGGAUUGCUCUGGCCUUAUGCGUUGCACUUUCCAUCUGGAAGAUAUAUAUUUCUGUUUCACUUUUGUCAAAAAGUCUUGAUGAGUGGCUAGUGCAAGACUCAUUCAUGAAAGAGGAAAUAUGUCACCAUAACAGAUGCAUUGGCCUAAGCCGCUGGGAUUGGUUUUGUGACCACUUUGAUGCCUCAGUAAACUGCCUGCUGAUUCUUGAAAACUCUGAUAUCCCACCAGAGGUUCUUCAGUGGUGGCUAAAGCUACAAAGAUCAAAAGAUGGCAGCCAAUUUCAGAUGAUAGUAAAAAAUCUGUUUGACCUCCUUCAGCCAGCUAGAGUUCAGGAUGUUGUUCACUGUGGAACCUGUGCUGUGGUGGGAAACUCAGGAAGGCUCAGGGGCUCUAAAUAUGGGGAGAAGAUAGAUUCUCACAAGUUUGUGAUGAGAAUGAACACUGCACAGGUUACAGGUUUUGAGGAAGAUGUUGGUACACGAACCACACACCAUUUCAUGUACCCAGAGAGUGCUGUGAAUCUCCACCCUAAUGUACAUCUUGUACUAGUCCCUUUCAAACCCCUGGAUCUCAAAUGGCUUGCCAGUGCUCUUUCAACAGGAGAUAUCCAGCAAACAUACAAAAGAGUUAAACGAUUUAUUAAAGCUGAUAAAAGCAAGAUUCUAAUAAUUCACCCUGUUUUCCUGAAAUAUAUCCAAGACAAAUGGACAUGGCAUCAUGGAAAAUAUCCUUCCACUGGGUUGAUUACACUGAUUUUUGCCAUCCAUACUUGCACACAGGUUUCUGUCUUUGGCUUUGGUGCAGACAGCAAUGGGAAUUGGCAUCACUACUGGGAAGACAACCGUUAUGCAGCAGCCUUUCGCAAGUCUGGAGUACACGAUGGCCCUUUUGAGCUACAACUCAUUGAAAGGCUGGCAAUUGAAGGCAAAUUGGCAUUCUAUAAAUAGUUUACAAUUUAAGAUGGUUUAAAUUCUCUCUGUUCUGGUUUCAAAGAAAAGCAAAACUAGAAUAAAACACAAAAAGAGGAGACAUUUCGGUUUGUUUAAUGCACUAAAUAUUAAAAACAUGAGUGACAUGGUUCUGCUUUUCUGAAUUUACGUAUUUUAGAACAACAGAGACUAUAAACACUAUUUGUUACUAGCUUCAGAUUUUGCUUCUUUCUCUGAGUAUGAAACCACAGACAGAACCAUUCAGAUUUGCUAGCUGUGUUUUUGACAGCAGAAGAAAUUGGAGCACCAAAAGUAGCACCAAAAGAAACAUAUUUCUGAUUAUUUUCAUAACAGGUAUUUGAAUGUGAACUAUACCUUUGAAUUUGAAAAAUAGGCUUUCUGAUAAUUCAUUUUGUGUUUCUCCUUCCCUCCAUCACAAUGUAUAAAUCAAGUUCUCAGUAAAUUAUCCAGAUUUUUAAUAUUAUUUUAAUAUUAUUUGAAAAUUAUUAUUUUAAUAUUAUUUGAAAAUGAUUGCUGGAGGUAUGUUUAUUAAACUUAUACACUACCCA